AUGGUCCAAUGUUCCGCAGAUAGGAAGCAGUCUCUUGUGGAUCGUAUUAGUUUUUUACCAACUGAUAUUCUUAUCCAACAACUAUUGCCUUUGCUGACGCUGAAAGAAGCUGCUGCGACAAGUAUUUUGUCCAAACAAUGGACAGGAUUGUGGAUGUAUAGAGCCCGACUUGAUCUUGAUGGUCAUAACAUAUUGCAAAAACAAUCUGAUCUAAUAACAACUAGUGCUUGGUAUGUUGAUUGGGUGAAUGAGUUGGUGAAAGUUCAAAAAGCCCCGGUGAUUGAUGAGUUUAGGGUUUGUUUUGAGUUGGAUAAAACCUUCCAGGAAGACAUUGAUAAGUGGAUUGCUUAUGCCCUUUCUAAGAGAGUCCAAACUCUAGAAUUAGACUUCUUAAGAAGCUGCAUGGAAAAGGAAUUCGACGGGCUUAUCGCUUCUCUUGUUUUUAACGUCCAUUAUUGUGCGCUUGUCUCACUGAAAAUUCACAAGUUUUUUCAUAUGGUGCUUAAUGUGGUGCUUGAAAAUAACCCUAUGCUUGUGGAUGUUUCUGUUGUUGGAUGGCUGGUACGACACAUUCCUCCGUUGCUUUCAAGCUGCCUGUCGAGAUUGGAGGUUCUUGCCAUACACGUCCGCUCUCGUGAUGUCAGAGAGGAAAAGGAUUUGGUUCAGGUACCACAACUUUCUUCCUUGAAGCAGUUACACUAGACCUUUUACGCAUGGGAAGAUGAUAGUAUGAUGCGCUUAACUUCUUUCAUAAGAUCAUCGCCCAACUUGGAGAAAUUUGUGCUGGAGUUGUUCUGGCAUGAUAAAAUGCGUAAGACAGAAAGGGAGUUUGAGAGAGCUUUAGGUUCUCCUCUCAAACAUCUUAAAGUUGUCGAGUUUCGCGGGUAUUAUGGUCGUACAGCGGAGAAUGAACUUAUGAUGUACCUGUUAGAAAAUGCCAUGGCUUUAGAAAGAGUACUUGUUGACCCUCGUAGUCAAUGGUU